AUGACCAAAGUACGAGUGGUGGACAACAGUGACCUUGGAAAGCAGGCCAAAGUGAAGAACAGACACCCACGGAUGAUAGGAAACCGCGGGAGAAAGCCCCAGGCUGACAUUGGUGACCGAAUAACUGUGGCAGUAGCCGGAUUGCUGAGAAGACAAGCACGAUUACGACGCGAGUAUAUAUAUAGAAAAUCCAUUGAACAACGAGAUCAACAAAUCGAGGAAAAGAAAAGAAAGAUUCGAAAUGUACUGGAAACAGGAGAUUUUGUGCCACCCGAACUCCGCCAAGAAGCAUUAAACAUCCACAAGAAAUUGGGUUGGGACGACAAGGGGGCAGACGGUGUCGUGAAUCACUGCGACGAUGAGUAUCGUUGGGCAGGGGUAAAUGACCCAAAGAUAAUAAUAACGACAUCGCGUGAUCCAAGUUCUCGUCUACGUCAGUUUGCUCAGGAAAUGCACUUGCUGAUCCCCAAUUCUCAGCGAAUUAAUCGCGGAAAUUGCCAAGAGACCGAACUGAUGAACGCCGCACGUGCCAAUGAUAUAACGGAUGUGAUAGUCCUUAAUGAAACACGUGGGAACCCUGAUGGAUUGGUCGUCUGUCACCUCCCGUUUGGCCCGACUGCUUAUUUCACUCUCUCCCACGCCGUUCUCCGUCACGACAUUUCGAAGGAGUCUCCACUUGCCCCGAUGAGUCAAGCAUUUCCUCAUUUGAUAUUCCACAACAUGACAAGCGCUCUUGGCAGACGAGUUAUGUCCAUCCUCAAAUAUUUGUUUCCCGUCCCAAAAGACAGUUCCAAGCGACUGGUGACUUUUUCUAACACUGGUGAUGUCCUGUCUUUCCGGUAGGUUUGAUAUUUUUUUGUAGACAUCAUUUAUUCAAAAAGAAUCGUGAAACCAAGUCCAUUGAUUUGACUGAAAUUGGUCCGAG